GGCUCGGCGGGGUCAUCCAAGCGCAGGCGCAGUGCGGUGUUUGUCUGCCGGACUGACGGGCGGCCGGGCGGUGCGCGGCGGCAGCGGCGGCGGGGAAGAUGGCGGCGUCCUCCCUGGAGCAGAAGCUGUCCCGCCUGGAAGCAAAGCUAAAGCAGGAGAACCGCGAGGCCCGGCGGAGGAUCGACCUCAACCUGGAUAUCAGCCCCCAGCGGCCCAGGCCCAUUAUUGUGAUCACUCUAAGCCCUGCUCCUGCCCCGUCCCAACGAGCAGCCCUGCAGCUCCCACUGGCCAACGAUGGGGGCAGCCGCUCACCAUCCUCCGAGAGCUCGCCGCAGCACCCCACGCCCCCCGCCCGGCCCCGCCACAUGCUGGGGCUGCCUUCAACCUUGUUCACACCCCGCAGCAUGGAGAGCAUCGAGAUUGACCAGAAGCUGCAGGAGAUCAUGAAGCAGACGGGCUACCUGACCAUCGGGGGCCAGCGCUACCAGGCGGAGAUCAACGACCUGGAGAACCUGGGGGAGAUGGGCAGCGGCACCUGUGGCCAGGUGUGGAAGAUGCGCUUCCGGAAGACGGGGCACGUCAUCGCUGUCAAGCAAAUGCGGCGCUCGGGGAAUAAGGAGGAGAACAAGAGGAUCCUCAUGGAUUUGGACGUGGUGCUCAAGAGCCACGACUGCCCCUACAUUGUGCAGUGCUUCGGGACUUUCAUCACCAACACGGAUGUCUUCAUCGCCAUGGAGCUCAUGGGCACGUGCGCGGAGAAGCUCAAGAAGCGGAUGCAGGGCCCCAUCCCUGAGCGGAUCCUGGGCAAGAUGACGGUGGCAAUUGUGAAGGCGCUCUACUACCUGAAGGAGAAGCAUGGCGUGAUCCACCGUGACGUCAAGCCCUCCAACAUCCUGCUGGACGAGCGGGGCCAGAUCAAGCUCUGUGACUUCGGCAUCAGUGGCCGCCUGGUCGACUCCAAAGCCAAAACGCGGAGCGCUGGCUGUGCCGCCUAUAUGGCACCCGAGCGCAUCGACCCCCCGGAUCCCACCAAGCCCGACUACGACAUCCGGGCCGAUGUGUGGAGCCUGGGCAUCUCCUUGGUGGAGUUGGCGACAGGACAGUUCCCCUACAAGAACUGCAAGACGGACUUCGAGGUCCUCACCAAAGUCCUCCAAGAGGAGCCCCCGCUCCUGCCUGGACACAUGGGCUUCUCGGGGGACUUCCAGUCCUUCGUCAAAGACUGCCUUACUAAAGAUCACAGGAAGAGACCAAAGUAUAAUAAGCUACUUGAACACAGCUUCAUCAAGCGCUACGAGACGCUGGAGGUGGACGUGGCGUCCUGGUUCAAGGAUGUCAUGGCGAAGACCGAGUCACCGAGGACAAGCGGGGUCCUGAGCCAGCACCACCUGCCCUUCUUCAGGUAGCCGCACGGCGGCGGCCGGCCCGCUGGGGGACGCGGCCUCAGGCCCCCCUGCCCUGCACAGUCCCCCAGCUGCCCGCCAGGGGAGCCCUGGGACCCGGACGGCCGACGAGGGCUGAGGACAGAUAGUAGGGGGCGCCGACCCACCCCCGACUCCCUGCCCACCAGCUGUGGACAGAUGGGCCUGCCAGGCCCCAGCCCUUUCCUGUCCCGGGAUCAGCCGGCCGUACACGUCCCCCCACCCCGACAGACACUGUGAACGGAAGACAGCAGGCCGCGAGCAGUCUCGCUAUUUAUUCAGUUGUAACCUCUGGGCUGGGGCGGCCCCCAGGGGUAGGGAGAGAGCCGCCAUUCCCUGCACCCCCCACACCGCGCUGUCCCCACCGCCCCCUCCAUGCACACAUGCGCCCUGGCUCCAUCUCCCUCUCUGCCACUUCCCUCUCUACCUCUCUGGCUUUCCCCAUCUCCCUCCCUGCCUCUGCCUCUCUCCUGGCCCAGGCCUUGCCACCCCCGGCAGGACCCCUGGGUCCACUUAGGUCUCUGGCCAGUGAUGAGCCAGUUGGCGGGCGCCCUUCCCCCGGCAGGCGGGCUGGACAUUGUGACUGCAGCCGGACCCGGGCUGGUCUCUCUCUUUCUCUCUCUCUCUUUGAUCUCAGGGGGUCCUUUUUGGAGUUUAUUGUAUUUUAUUGUACUUGGUGGGGUGUUUGGGGGUGGGGGGAGGAGAAGAGCUUGUUCUCAUGGGCUUUGUUGGUACCUUCAGAAACUUUUACCAAAGUCGUGUUUAGCUGCUUGUGGCGGCAGCCCCCCGAACCGCCUGUGGGUACUGGGGGGCUGGGCUGGGGGCUGAGCCGUGGGGGCUCGGGCCACCACCUGGGAGACACUAGUCCCAAAGGUGGGCUCUGGGGGUGGGGGAUUGCUCCUCCCUCAGGGCUGGAGACUGGCCAAGCUUGCAGGGGUGAGUGGAGGACCUCAGGGGGUAUGGAGGAAGCCCAAGGGGCCAUGGCCACACAGGGUGGCCUUCAGGGACAGUAGGCGCGGGGCGUGGUGGAGGGCAGCCGGCGCUGGUGUGGCAGGGAGGUGGCGGAGGGAACGGGUGACAGGAGGGGGUCCAUGGGGCCCCGGGAGGCAGGGAUGAGGGUGCACGGAUUGGACGCGGGGGUUCGAGAAUGUGUUGACAGGGACAGAGGUGGGAGCAGGCCAAGGGCUGGGCGUGUACAGGCAGUCACGCCCUCGUAGUGGCCCACGAGUGCCCCUCGACUCACCCAGAGCUGGCCAGUGCCCAGCCUGCCCUGAGGCCCCGGCGUCCCUGGGGCCCUGGGCAGCAAGCAGCCAGAGCAGGAGGGACUGUUUCCUUGUUGUUGGUGACGCAUGCGAAUCAAGUGGACAGUAGAACAAAAUAACGUAACAGGAAAAAAAAAAAAAAAGGGAAAAGAAAACCCCAGAAAAACCACAAAAACCAACCAACACCAAAGGUGAGGAACCUCGCUGGAUGUAGCUGAAGCAAUCUAGACUAGGCAUCACUGUACCCUCCAUUUAUCUCACCGAAUCUAGUUACUACUAGGGUAGUCACAAAAUGCCGCAUGUUUAAAAAGUACUCGAAGUCAUCUUUGUCCCCCGCCCCAGGGGGUGGCCACCUUUUCUUGCUCCAGUCCCCUUUGUGAGGGGAGGGGGGCAGGGUGUGGGGCCAGUAGGCAUGGCCUCCACCCUCCCUUGCCAGGGGCCUUUCUGGGUAGCCGGGAAGGUUGCGUGGCCAGCCCCAAGGCCCGCACAGGCCUGAGGCCAGCUGCCUGGGUUUAAUUUUUAUUUAACUUUAUUUUCUGUUUUGUGUGUGAGUGUCCACCCAUGUCCCCCUCCCCUUCAGUGUUAAAUGGGAGCCUCUCCUUCCCCCACCCCUUGUCUCCCUCCCCGCGCCUCCCAGUCACCAGCCACCAGCCACCCUCCUCUCAACCAGGCAGAGGGCAGUGGGCAGCCAGGGGCCUGGGGCGGCCUGGCCCAGCCCAUCGGCCCACCACCCCUUCUCAGGCCGCCAGUAUUGCCCCAUCCCUUUUUAAAACAAAACGCCCUCGUUUGUAAAUCCUUAGACGCUUGAGAAUAAAACCCCUCCCUUUUCUUCCA